AUGCAUAAAUGGAUUUUUCUUAGGUUUUCUCUAAUCUUGAGCUUCACCAUCUUUCAAGAUCUCAAAGUUUCUGCUGUACCCAGUCCUCAAACUCCGGAUCCUCAACUCAUUGGAGUUCACUGUGCAAAACAAUUUGGUGGUUACUGGGAUAUACCUGAGUAUACGAUUGCAUGUAAGGAUGCUUCACUAAACAAGUAUAUCUGUAACCAGGCCAGUUGUUUUGUGGGACCUCUCCCACCUUCACCUUCGCAAGCUUAUGGUGAACACAAUUCUGGAUCUAUCUUCACCAAGUACUCACAGGAUGCUACGCAUACUAUGGCAGAGAAUUUGUUCAAGGCAUCAUCACUCCUACCACCAUACAAUACAACCCCGAUCAGACAGCUCUUGGUAGGUCUUAACUUUGAUCCAAAUGUAUCUUUAGUCAGACAGAUAUUGCAGUUGCACACAAUGUGGGGCUUUUAA